GCAUAUUCAGCCAUGAAGCUGCAAUGUGCUGAGGUGCUGUGAACUCACCUUCUCUCCACCUCAUCCCUCGAGUUUUUGCUGGCUCAUUGCAGUCCAUUCAUUCUCUUGUCCUUCUUUGUCCCUCCCCUUUUCGGACCAGUUUCCAUCCACACUCCUUUGCACAAGCCAAUCGCUGAGGCAAAGAGUUCAUCCACGAGACUUGAGACUCUGUUCACCUCUCGAGUCAUCACCGACCCUUCUCCACCGCAUCUUUGCCGGCGUUUCGUGUAUACAAAAGACUUCGCGCUCUUCUUUCAUAACGACAUUUCAACCUCAGCGGUAGUUGGAGCUUUCUCUUCAUCAACUGAGAUGUCGAUGAUCAGUUUAUCAAGCACAAAUUGACCUCGUCCUGGAAGCCACCCUUCGUUGUUGCGCUCCUGAUUGCCUGAAUGAUACUGCAAUCUACCCACCUGAGCUGCUUUACUCGACGAUAAAUUCAUUCUUUGAACCAACUACAAUGCGGCCUUUUAAUUUGACGGCCGUGACGGCCUUACUUCUAUCGGACGUGGUAUCUGCUGCGGUGGUGACUGUCACAAUAUGUGAAUCGACGCCAAGUUUUGCAUCGACUCUGGUUUUCCCAUUAGAAUCGACGAGCGGAAGUCCUCCAGUACCAGUGGUAGUCAUAAGCACCAUCACCGUGCUUCCAAUGCCAGUUAGCACUGCACCGGGUAUAUUCUAUUCUUCAGGCCUGCCCACGGGAAAAGGAAUCCCAUCCGGUAUAACCUUCACCGGACACCGAACUGGAAGCGGAGCUGCUCGACCAACCGGCUUUCCGAAAUAUGGGAAUCACACACAUCACCAUCAUCCAACCAGCUCCGGUUCAUCGAUCAGCAACUCAACUUCAACGAAAAUUCCAUUCUUCACACUCACGUACACUGGGACGUUACCUCUGCCGACUUUGAGUCCGACAAUGACUCCUGAGUUCAAAACCACGGGCAAAGGGUCGUUGCUCACGCCAUAUAUGACGUCGACAGAGUGUCCUGACAUGCCAUCGCCUACUCAAAUCUCGUCGAGUACCAUUCCCACCACACGACAGCUUGAAUCAAAUUCAGCAAAUUCAACACCGACUCUCGUCGCCACAUCCCCAUAUUACAGGCGCAAGAGAGCAACACGACGAAGAAAGCUGGUAGAUGGGGGUUUCUGAGUGGGGUUUGGAAUGAAGCAAUUCCUAAUCUAGUUACUAGCCGGAAGUAUCUCAGGCAGUGUGGCAGUGUUGGGAAGAGAAGGGUGGCUAGAGAGCGCUUGUAUGGUGUAACGGAUGUAGUGUUUUAGGUUGAAUGAGGGGGUGCGGAGGUACUGUAUUUUUCAUGAUACCCUGAUUUUAUAGAACAUCUUUGGUGCUGGACAUGAGGGAUGCUCUGUGAAAUGAUUGUAAGAUAAGGAAUCAGAAUGUAAGAUAAGUGUAGAAAGUAAGAACAUAUUUAGCGCAACCAGCCUCGAGAGGACGUCUUGCCUCCCCCAUACCGUAUAACACUCACACACUUCAAC